UAGCAAUGAUACGAGCAAGUAAUUCUCAUUGUUCUAGAGAGAUAUGGCACCGAGUACGAGAUCAGUUCAGAUUUAUAUUAAGUCAAACGGUAAUGCUUUUCACAAGUUAUGGAAAUCAAACCCCCAACAAGUUCCCAGCUUGACACCGACUAACAUCCACAACUGUCAAAUCAAUGAAGGAGAUGUUGGAAAUGUGGGCUGUAUUCUAUUCUGGAACUAUUUUCAUGAUGGAAAAAAGUGUGUUAUAAAAACGAUAACCCUGGACACCGAUGAGGGGAAAAAGUCUGUCACCUUCAAGGGACUUGAAGGUGAUCUCCUGCAGGCCCGGUUUAAGAGGAGGGCAAGCUGGGCCACUGCCCAGGGCCCAUAUCAACUUGAGGGCCCCAAAUUUAAAAUUUAUAUCAGAGGGCCUUUUGUUUUUGUUUUGCCCCGGGCAUCAAAUAUCAUAGGACCGACCCUGAUCUCCUGGAAUUAUAUAAGACCUUUGUUGCGCAUGUUCAAGUAGACAUCCAUGGUCCAGACAGCAUUGUCAAAUGGACUGUGGAGUAUGAGAAGUUGGACCCUAAUGUUCCUGAUCUAGAUACGCUAAUGGACUUUUACAAGAAAGUCACCAAAGACAUAGAGACUCACCAUCUUCAGAAUUA